AUGUCCAGCCGUCGUCCUGAGAAGUCAUAUGCUGACGCUGUGGCCUCUGCGCCGAAAGACGCUCCAGCCAACUCUGAUGUCACGCCCGCCGUUCCUGCCAAUGUCAUCUUCAAACUCCUAGGCUUCACUCUCGCUAUGGUUGCGGCCCCCAUUGGCAUGUACUUCUUGACUGUGAACUCCAUUUUCAGUGGAAACUCCACAUGGGCCGGGGUUACAGCAGCAGUGGCCGCGAAUGUUGUCCUGUUUGCUUAUAUCUUCGUCGCAUGGCAGGAGGAUCAAGGCGAAAGAGCUGCGGAGGGGAAGAAAGCCCAGUGA